GAUCCACAAGGGAAAGUCAAUGGCUAAAAUACUAAUGAUAAUAUAAUUGCAGGCACGAUUUAAUCAUCAUAUCCAUCGCAGAGCAAGAAUAACAACUGUUAAUAAUUAAUCGUCGAUUUGUCAAUAAUCGAAUUUAUAUAUUCUUUUCUGUAGAUAAGAAUCACAUUGAACGGAUCGGAAACGAUCACGGAAGUCGCAGCUUAGCGUAGAUUAUCCCAUAGGGAAAGUAAUCGUGUUCACUCGGAUUGAAGGCAUAAGAGACUUUACUUAGCGGUUCUUUCACCGAAUAGUCCUCGGUACACGCGACCGCGUCGAAGAAAGAAAGAAAGGCAGGUUUCGAUUUCGAUGGGCCUUGGAGGUCGCGGAAGAGUGUAAUGCCAUUUAGUAUAAUCGUCCCCUCCACGCUCCAUUGGAUGAAUUUGAAGAAAGUUGUCGUUGUGAAGAAGGAACACAAAUACCAAUGAGACGUGUGCGCACCGGAGAGGCCCCGGAGAAAGGUGCUGCUCCACCGUCUUCAAUAUUAGAGAGGAGCUUCUUGAGGAGCGGUGGCUUCAAGGUGGUGGUGGCAUCGAGUAGGGAGAAACGGCCCCUGGGCUUGAUCUGUCCUCAGUUCCCAUGCGAAGCUUCGCUGGAUAUCGUCCAGCAAGACACGCACAAUCGUCUCGAGCAGUGUCAUGUCGCGAGUUAGCCAUCUCUAACGCAAGAAUCGGCCGGUGAAAGAAGUGCGUGACUCUUUCCGCGCGGACCAGACGAGGAAGAGCGACGAAAAACGAUUACAACAUGCGGUUCGCUAAACUGAUAUUCUUGGGAGCAACACUCCUCGUUGCCGCGGCUUUCGCCAAGGAGGAGAAUUCGUCGUCGAAGAACCGCGACAAGCGUCAGCAACUGACCUUCCACUUGCGAAAGGGCGGUCGUCUGCCGCCAUAUGCGGUGCAGAUGGAACCGAUAGUGCAAUACUCUCAAAGGGAUCCCCUGUAUAAUCCUUUAGCGAGCCCGAAGAGUGACGAUCUGUAUGAGGAGAGUCCGCUGAGCUAUUAUCCAACGGAACCUGAGCCGAUCAUUGAGAUUAUCAUUAAGGAAUCUAAUGAAUCUCUGCCGACUCCGGUACCACCGCCGCCUCCACCUCAGCCACGUCCCACCAAGGAACCUAUUCAGGUAUUCUAUGUAAAGUACGAGAAGAAAAAAGGUUACGGUGAUAAGACUCGCGUCGUCUACGAUCCACCGAUUCCCGCACUAACGCCGGUGAAGGAGCACGAAGAAAUUAAACCGGAUAAUCACGCGUCAUAUGCUGAAGAACCGACACAAACAGCGACGUUGGCGCCGCUUCCGGAACCAUCAACGACUCUGCGCGCUAUCAUUCGACCCGAUAGCGAAGUGUAUCACUCUGGCGGUAGUGGCAUCCGCGUGACCUUCGGCACCGAGCAAAUACCACCAAAUAAUCACAACAAGCGCAAUGAUCUGGAGGCGCCCGGAAACAAUGCGCGACAGCAUACCAGCAAACCGACAGUGUCUCCGGGAUCGCCGAAGAGACAGCAUGGUCCGUAUCAGCCGCUGCAACCACCGCGAGUACCUCCUGCAUUUCCGCAACAACGUAUUGUUAACUCGUUCCCACCUCAGCAACAAGCGCUGCAACAGCCGCCAACGUUUUUGCAGCAGCAGCAACAACAGCCGCCGACAUUCUUGCAACAACAGCAGCAGCAGCAACCGCCGCCGUCACCACCGCCGCCGCCGCCAUCGCAUCAUCAAGCGUUUCCGCCUCAGCAACCUUUGAGAAGUCUGCCACCAUCGAGACAGCGGCAUCCUAUAACGAUUCAAGGUUUACCGGAAGUACAACAACGCGCGCCUUUUAACAAUUUUGGUCCGCCGCCGCAUCGUGUCAACAUCAAUCACCCACAACAACCCGGAUUUCCGCCUACUUUAUCAGUGUCGCAUCAAAAUGUGCACUUGCAGAAUCAACCGGCACCACAGAAUAACUUUGCGGAACCGCCACAACAACCACCUCAACAAUCGCUACCCAUUAGAUCUGGAGGGUUUAACUCGGAGUCCUCACAACAAUCUUUGUCCAGACCAAACAGUUUCAAUGUUGAACGUCCACCGCAAUCGUUACCUCCAUUCAAGCAGCAGGAGUUAGAGAAACAACGAUAUCACGAACAACGACGACAACAAGAGUUGUUAAAACAACGAGAACAUCAACGUCAACAUGAACAGCAGCGACAUCAAGAACACCAACGUUUUCUGGAACAGCAAAGACAAAUCGAGCAACAGAGAUUAUUAGAGCAGCAAAGGCAGCAGGAACAUCAGAGGCAACAAGAGCAUCAAAGACUUCAAGAACAGCAGCGAUUGCAGGAACAACAACAUCUACAGGAACAGCAACGUCUGCAGGAACAACAGCAAUUGCAAGAGCUACAACGCUUGCAGGAGCAACACAGGCGGAAACAGGAACAAGAACAGAAGCUUCUUCAAGAACAACAAAAUUAUCGCGCGCAGUUUAAAUAUAAUCAGCCGCAGCUUCAACAACCGCAACGAUCGGCAGGUGAAAUUUUUAAAGCUGUCCCGAAACUGGAGCAACAUUAUGCAAUCAGAGAGAAUCCGCUUCAUCCCGGUCCGUUCCCACCAAAUCCCACGGUAGUGCCAACUGCGUUCCCUGAAAUUUCUCAGAAUCAAUUUGUCUCAACGCAAUCGCUCAAUGUUCUUCACGAUCCCCAACAAUUCUCCGGAAAUCUACCGAAUCGUUUCAUCUCCGCCGAUACUCUUCAACAACAACAUCAACAAUUAAACGCAAAACAUCAAAUCUAUCAAAAUAAUCAACAGAGUUUCUUGCAAAAUCGUCCGACGCCGCAACAACGACCGCAGAUUGCUUCCUCUCAACAGCAUUCUAUAUGGGGUAGUCGGCCGGUAUCGCAAAACGAUCCUACACAGAAGAUCUAUGCGACGCCAGUUAGCCCUUCUGAAGAGUUCAAUUCGUUGUCGACCGUCAGAACGUUCUUACCCACGACGACGACGACGACGACGACAACGACCACCACUACCACGACUACCACUACCGAAGCACCAACAACUACGCUCUCGCCGAACAAGGCGGCCAAGAUCAAGGAAAACAUCGCCAACCUGCCAGACGAAGUACCGGAUGAUAUCAGGGAACAGCUACUGAGUUCUGGGAUCUUGGGCAAUGCCGACAUACAGAUUCUCGAUUACGACAAGAUUGGCGACAUACCGAUCGAGAAACUACCGCCGGAAGCACUGGCGAAUUUCUAUGGCGCCGGAGGCGGUACGGCAAUUGCCGCUGGCAGCGAGCCUGUGCCAGCGAUCGCUAAGAGGCCGGUAACGAAAACAACGCAGCGUAUAGUGAGCCAAGAGGACUCGCCGUCGAAGAAGGCCGUUACCGUCGAUGGCUCAACUAAAUUCGAACAGGCUACCUUGCGACCCGGCGGCGUUGAGAUGAAAGUAGUACGCUUUGAUCCGAAUACGGAGCAAGGCCGGGCGGUAGCGGAGCAGCACAUACGAGACGAUGCGACCCGACUCGAGCCAGUGACCGUGGGAGCGGACGGAGACCCCGUUCAAUACAAUCGUUACCUACCACUUAAAGUGAGCGGUGCGUCCUUUCCGAUACCGGACGUGCCAGAGCUCAACGGCCGUAGGAUCUCGAGCGUGGUGGUGUUAGCACCUGUCGACUACAACUUUCUCGGCAGCGAGGAGAAGGAGAUCACGGAUUCACAGCGACGCGGCAGAGAGGCCAAUGGCGAUGUGCAGCCGGUUAGAUUUCUCGCCGGUGACACCCUCAAGCAGCUCGUGAAAAAGCCCACCGCGGAAAACUACAAGAAAUGGCUCGAACAUGAGAGUCACACCGAACCACAGAAGCAGUCGGUCGUGCUCCUUGUGACUAUGCCGAGAGACGGCGGCGAUCAGGGUGACAAGGAAAUCUUCAUGUAUGAUGUGACCUCUAGAUCCGUCAGCAAACUAGCCGGUGAUCUUUCGACAGCUUUUGUGGACGCCGCCGAAAGCAAUUCUGACGGCACUGACUCUAUCGAAAAAUCCUUCUCGAUAUACUAAUUUUAUUUCAACAAACAGCUUUCCUUUUCAGAUGUUUAAAACAUAAUUUGUGAUCGUACGCAGAAUGCUUUUCUCUGAAAGAGAUUUUUCUAAUUUAUUAUAUCCCAUUGUGUAUGUGUUAUUGCAUUUUAUACUUUAUUUCAACUACAAGUUAAUUAUCUCUUAUUGUUCCUGAUAUAACGAUUAAUCAAAUAUUUCAAGUGGUUUAAAUAAAAUUUAAUUUUUUUGUCUCGUUUGUUCUCGUUUUGCAAUAAUAAGAGAAAGGAGAGUGGGGACCUUUAUAAAUCUCUAUUGAUCAGAUAGUGAUAAAUAAUAGACGCUAAUAUAAAAUAGUAUAAAAGAGGCGGACAUAUUUUAUGAAUUAUCAGAUGCAGCAUUUUUAUUGCAGUUAAAAUAAAAACAGAAGCAGUUGCGAAAUGAGAUAGAGAGUCGCAGCAAAUUAUGUACUUAAAACUCAUAAAUAUUCUUGUAGAUAUCUUAAUUAUGUAUUAUUAUGUACAUAAGAAUAAUUUUGUACUUUUUUAUACAAAAUAAAAUGCAGUAUCUUGCUGUUUGCACAUG